GCCCUCUAUUAUGAAAAUGGCAUAUGCUUGAGACUGGGGUGUUUUUUGGGUCUUAGCAGACUGAGUGAGAUAGAGGCAGCUCGAUAACUGUGUGUGUGCAUGUGUGUGUGUUUAUGUGUGUGUGUUUCUGCUUCUCUCCACCGUUCUCUUGGCUGACCGCCCUGAUUUUUGACAGUCAGGGUUUUCCUGAGUUCCGACAGCGUACGCCGGGCAGCGUGUCGGUGAGUUAGGACUUUCCUCUCUGUGUGAACGUUUUCUGGAAAAUUCCAUUAAUUCGGAGCAACUUCAAACUGUUAUUUCAGGAGCUGGGCUGACUGCGAACACAAGGAGGCACUGUCUCCUGCGAACAUGGCAGACCGUAAGGCAGCAGAGGUGGAGCACCUGGAGCGGAGGGUACGGAGGCGACGGAGACCAAAGGAUGUGAUACUGUCCAAGCUGAGCCGAAGUUUUACCUGCUCCACGGCCAGGCUAAAGGUCACCCUUACGGGCUUCUUCCCUGUGGUGAAAUGGCUGCCCAAGUACAAGCUGAAGGAGUACGCCUGGGGAGACGCCAUGUCUGGCCUCAUUGUGGGCAUCAUCCUGGUCCCACAAGCCAUUGCCUACUGUCUGCUGGCCGGCCUAGAGCCCAUCUAUGGCCUGUACACUUCCUUCUUUGCCAACAUCAUCUACUUCCUCAUGGGCACCUCCAAGCACGUGUCUGUGGGCAUCUUCAGUCUCAUGAGCCUCAUGGUUGGUCAGGUGGUGGACAGGGAGGUCUACCUGGCAGGGUUUGACCUUAGUGAGGAAGGCAAGCCUGCUGUCACCAGCCUGAAUGACAUGUGGAAUGGAACUGUCAUCUUCAAUACCUCUGCAGUAAACCUGACCUUGGGAGGCUACAGCUUGGAGUGUGGAAAAGAAUGCUAUGCCAUCAGUAUUGCUGCAACUUUAACGUUUCUGGCUGGAGUAUACCAGGUUCUGAUGGCUGUCUUCCGCCUGGGCUUUGUCUCGGUGUACCUCUCGGCUCCGAUGCUUGAUGGCUUUGCCACUGGUGCCUCCCUCACUAUCCUCACCGUGCAGGCUAAGUACCUCCUCGGGCUGAAGAUCCCUCGACACCAAGGCUACGGCACGGUGGUGGUCACCUGGAUCAACAUUUUCAAAAACAUCCACAUGACGAACUUCUGCGAUGUGAUCACCAGCGCCAUCUGCAUCACCGUCUUAGUGGCAGGGAAGGAGCUGCAAGACCGCUACAAGAGCCGUCUGAAGAUCCCCUUGCCCACUGAGCUGGUGGUGGUCGCAAUGGCCACGCUGGUGUCCCACUUUGCCGACCUUGGUGGACGCUACAGCUCCAGCAUCUCUGGGGCUAUUCCCACAGGCUUCAUCCAACCAGAGAUGCCCAGCUUUCAGCUCAUGCCACGGGUGGCCCUGGAUGCCAUCCCCCUUGCCAUCAUCAGUUUCGCCUUCACCGUCUCGCUAUCUGAGAUGUUUGCCAAGAAGCACGGCUACACCGUCAGGGCCAACCAGGAGAUGAUAGCCAUUGGCUUCUGCAACAUCAUCCCCUCUUUCUUCCACUGCUUCACCACCAGCGCUGCCCUGGCUAAGACCAUGGUGAAGGACUCCACCGGAUGCCAGACGCAGGUGUCCAGCCUGGUGAGCGCCUUUGUGGUCCUCCUGGUGCUGCUUAUCUUUGCCCCCUUCUUCUACUCACUGCAGAAGUGUGUCCUGGCCUGCAUCAUCAUCGUAAGCCUGAGGGGAGCCCUACGCAAGUUCCGGGACGUGCCCGAACAGUGGCGCCUAAACAACGUAGACGCCAUCAUCUGGACGGUGACCAUGAGCGCCUCAGCUCUGAUCAGUGUUGAGAUUGGGCUGCUGGUGGGAGUGGUAUUCUCCAUGCUCUGUGUGGUAGUUCGGACCCAGAACCCCAAAGUGGCCCUUCUGGGUCAGAUCCCGGACACUAGCCACUAUGAGGACCUUGGAGAGUAUGAUAACCUCCUAGCAGUCCCCAAGGUGAAGAUCUUUCGCUUCCAGGCCCCUCUGUAUUAUGCCAACAAAGACUCCUUCCUGAAGUCGCUGUAUAAAACAGUGGGCCUGGAACCCUUCCUGGAGGUCGCCAAGAGGAGGAAAGCUGAGAAGCGAGCCAAAGAUCCGGCCACCAAGCAGGACAAAAGCUCGGACAGCAUCAACGGCAAUGUGGCUACGGUCCUGGUGACCAGAGACAUCCACACCAUCAUUCUAGACUGUUCCGCUAUGCCCUUCAUAGACACCCCCGGCAUGCUGACUUUAAAAUUGGUCAUGAAAGACUACAAAGGAAUCGGUGUCAGAGUGCUGUUAGCCUGUUGUAACCCUCCAGUCAUAGACGCACUGAAACGUGGGUUUGUUUUCGGGCCAGGCCACAAAGACAUGGACAGUUUGACCUUCCACAGCGUCCAUGGUGCCGUCCUCUACGCUUACGACAAUGUGGAUGCGGAGAUGGCCGUGUAGCGAGGAAGAGACUCUCAAUUCACAGUACCCGCUGUGGACUCCACAAAGCUAACAAUUUAUGGGUGUCAAAACAUUUUCUGAAUGUUAGGAAAGUUGGGGUAAAUGUUCUCAUCAUGCAUAUUUGUCCAGUUUCCAGGAUGUCUAUUUAACAUUAAGUUACAAGGAACAUUUCAGGAACAGCUUUUUAACAAUUAUUUCAAAUGUGGACAGCUAUUCCUGUUUAUUUUACAAGGAGCAUUUUAAAAAUGUAUUUAACACAUAUCCUUUGUGGUGUUUUUUUCAUUAAACUACAUGGAAACUAACCCUUUUUCUAAAUAUGUUUGUAUGCCACAUGCAUAGGACAUUUUUCUGCAACUUUUUCUGACAUUUUGGAAGUGUUUUGUGUUAGCUGGGUAAGGCAUAGUUUUGUAAAUGAGCUGGAAAUCAUGUGCCUCAAUUGUGGCUUUCUAUGUCUGCUUACCAAGAUCAUCCAAAAUUUCACUACUUCAUGCCAUUUUUCAUAAAAAUCAAGUCUAACACUAACACUUAACAGGUUAUAAGGAUAGUCCUCUGGAUUUUGUGAAUCACGACAAGGCCAAGCUAUAGAUAUUCAACUCCAAUUCCCAAUAACUGACUAUGGAACCUGAAUUUACAAGACUGGAAAUCCUGUCAGAGGACAUUACCUGAAUGCCUUAAUCUAUGCAUAGACAUAGCUCUGAGUUAAUGUUUAGUAAACUAUGUUGAUACUUUGCACUGAGGUCAAAGAUGUUUUUGUUUAUGUUUUUAAACACAUUCAAAAGUAUCAAUCACAAAUGUGAAAGUAGCUCUUAUUAAUGCCCUUCAUUGAAACUAUAGGUUUGUAAGGAUUUGUUUAACUAUGGCAUGCACAAUAUGACAGCUCAGGCCAUAUAAGCCAGCUUUGUGCUGUUAGACUUCAUGUGUAAUCAAAAAAAUGACACCAAGAAAAUGAUUUAAAUAAGCACCACCAGUCUGAAAUAUUGUGCAAGAUGAUAAAACAUGCUAUCAGUACAAUCUCAUAGUAAAUCUCGUACAAAACCUAAUUUUUACUGUGUCAAUUUUCCAGACAUUUAUACUAUCAACAUGUUUAGAAUGAAUCACAAUGAAGAAAACAUUUUAACUGUUUUAUUGAAUCAUUGUUUUUCCAUGUAGAUUACAUUUUUUGUCAUUGUAUAUAAGACAUCAAGACAGGUGUUAAUGUGAUACUUGCAAAAACAGUGUUUGGUUAAAUAUUCUUCAGGACGUUUGUGUUUAUGAUCAUGGAAAAUGUAUUUCUUUGUGAAAUGAGGCAACAUUGUGCUCCCACGGUCAUACGGAGCAUUGUGCAUCAGUGAUAUUUAAAUGACAGCUACAAAGUUAAUUAUUGAUCAAUAAAUCAACAAGAUUCAGCGUUGACUAAUAGGACAACAUCCGUUUCUUGUUUAAAGUGUCUUCUAAUAAAUUGUAAAAUAAUGUGA